AUGGGAUUCAUAAUCCCAGGAAAACCAUUAUUAAAUCUUCGACAAAAGAAACGACUAAAAAGAUCAGAAUCAAUCAAACCAUUUCGUAAUCAACAAAAAAGAAAACCAGAUCAAAUUAAAAAAAUAAAACGAAAUUCCAUUAUUUCAUUAUCAUCAUCAUCAAGUAAUCAAAACGAUUUAGUUAGUAGAAGGGUUUCUUUUACAAACAUUGAUAACCCCAAAAAAUUAACUUUAAAUCAUUUACCUAUUGAUAUUAUCACUAAAAUAUUUAUCUUGGCUGGUCCAAAUAAUAACUUACCAUUAAUAAAUAAAUCAAUUUAUUCCAAUCUAAAAAUAUCUGGUGUAAAUGAUUUUAAUUCCGUGAACGAAGAUAUAGAUUUAAACAAAAUUGGUAAACCAUGGAAAAAUUACUCAAUUUUAAUUCAAUUAAUCAAAACUUAUUUCCUAGUUGAUUUAAAUACAAGAAUAGAUGAAAAUAAAAUCACAAAAAAAAUCAAAUAUUACGAAGAUCAAGUAAAUCAACUACCUAAAAAUUUUAUUGAAGUUGAAAGAAGUUCAUUUUAUCAAAAAUUACUCAUAAAUUUAAAGAUUUUAAAAGAAAAAUUUAAUUUUUAUUUAUCAAUUGAAGGUAAAUAUGUUUUAAAUGAAAAUUUAUUAAAUUAUAAAUUUAUAUCAAGUCAAUUAUUAGAAAAUUUAGACAAUAUAACAUUCAAUAAUAAAUCCACAAACAGUAAUAUCGGUAAAGAGAAAACUAAUGAAUCGGAAUUAAUUAGAUUUAAAUCAAUUGAUGAUAUUGAAUUAAAUAAAAAAUUAAGAUAUUUAUUUUUAAAAUUUAAAUUUGAAGAAAUUGAUACAUUAUUAAAAAUUGUUGAAAAUGAGUUAACAAAUAAUAUAUUUCAAGAUUCUUCUAUAUAUGAAGAUAAUUUUGAAAAAUAUAAUCAAUUUUUAAAAUCAAAACAAUUGGAAUUUUCUAAAGUUGGGACACCAAUUGAUGAAAUUCAUCAAAACAAAUUAUUGGUAGAAAAUCCGAUUCUAAGAAACUUUAAUGAUGAAAAUUUACCCAAUGAAGGUUUCAAAAAAGAUGAAUUUAGUUAUUUUAAUUUUAAAAAUGGUUAUAUAAUAGGUCAUGAAUUUUUUGGAGAAAUUUUAACAAAUAAAAAUCAAUUUAAAAUUCCAGUAAAAAUAUUUAUCAAAAGUAUUUCAUCAAUUAGAUAUUUUAACUUGUUACAAUUUUUAAUUUAUAAUUAUCCUCAUCAACCUAUAAAUAGUGAAUUUAUAAUUUUAAAAAUUUUAACAAUUUUAAAACCUGAAAAUUUAGUACAUACAGAAAUUAAAAUUCCAUUUUUAAGUAUUAUUACAUUAAUUAUGUUUGAUGAUGAUUUAUCAAAUAAUAUAAAUCAAUCAAUUAUUGAAUGUUUUAAAUUAUAUAAUCAAUAUUGUUUAAUGGAUGAUAAAGAGAUAAAAAAAUUUGGAAAAAACGUUAAAGGUCAAAAUAUCUUGGAAAAUAUUUAUGAAGGUUUAUAUUAUAUGUGUUCUUAUUUAUUAGGACAGUCAAAUUCUGCUGAUAAUGAUAAUGAUAAUGAUAAUGACAACGAUAAUAACAACGAUAAUGAACAAACUAAUUUAAAAGAAAAUAUAAGAGAAUUAUGGAUUUUAGCUUUAAAAUUAAAAAAUUAUAAAUUAACCGAUUUACUUUCAAAAUUUAGUAAAAAUCCAGAUAUAGAUAUUUUACAUAAUUAUUCUUAA